UCAGAUUUUUUUUAUAAAUGAUUGAUCAAGUUGUAUAAAAUUUAGUCAUCAAAUGGGAGACGAAGUGAAGUUACUUGGUGCAUGGGCUAGUUCAUUUAGUCAUAGAAUAGAACUAGCCCUUAAAUUAAAAGGGAUAAAGUACGAAUACAUAGAAGAAGAUCUUUUCAACAAGAGUUCUUUGCUUCUAAAUUCAAACCCAAUUCAUCAGAAAAUUCCUGUGCUCAUACACAAUGGAAAACCAAUUGCAGAAUCGCUUGUUAUUCUCGAAUACAUCGAAGAAACUUGGAAAAAUAAUCCGAUCUUUCCUAAAGAUCACUAUGAUCGAGCCACAGCUCGUUUUUGGGCUAAAUUUGUAGACGAAAAGAUCGUGCAAUUUGCCCGUGAUUUAAUGAUUGUGAAAGAGGAAGUCGAAAUAGAUGGUAUUAUAAAUGAAAUCAGUGAGCAUCUCAAGAUUCUUGAGAAUGAAUUGAAGGGAAAAGAAUUUUUCGGAGGCGAUAGCAUUGGAUUUUUGGAUAUUGUAGUAUAUUUUAUAGUCUAUUGGUUCCAACUUAGACAAGAAGUUAUGCAGAUUGAGUUUAUUACCAAUGAGAAAUUACCAGAUUUAUGCAAUUAUAUGGAGAGGCUUUAUGAAAUUGAUGUGGUUAAAGAAAGCUUACCUCCCAAAGAUAAAUAUUUAGCUUUAGUUAGAGCUGUUUUUGAGUCUGCCAAAUAUGGUUCAAAAUAAGGGCCACUCGAACCAGGGGCGAAACCACCAAGAAACUUUGAUACAUUUUAAUUCGAGUUUUCGUUCAGAAAAAUUAAUAAAUAUGGGAUUUAUAAUAAAAUCAAGACUAGAAGGAUACACCGUUGAUAGGUCAGAUGGUCAUAUAUGAUUUAGUUCGGGUUGAAAAUGAUUUUGUUUACGGUAUCGAUUCAAAAUCUAUUGUGUAUUCUAUGUCAUUCUUUUCUUUUGGUUCUAUCUUCAUGUAUUUAAUUUAUGCGUGUCUCUAUUUUAUGAAUUAAAAUGUUGGCUUCUUGUUCAAAA